AGAGACCGCUUCAAGGCGAGCUACCUUCGAGAAGCCUCCGAGCGGCGGCACCGGCGCCGGGUGGCGCUGUACCGCCUGCAGGCCGCGCUACAGGAAGCUCGCGCGGAUUUGUCGGCCGCACGCAACCGAAUGGCGGAGGAGGCAAGUCGGCUACAGCGGCUGCAGGCGCAGGCCGCCGACGUCGAGCGUGCAAGGCAGGCGGGCGCAGUGGGGUCCUUCUGGGUACCGGCGGCAGUGCAGCAGCACUUCAAUCGCGUGGUGACCCAAGGGUCGGCGAUGGAUGCUGACACGCGGCUUCGGAGUCUACGACAGGAGGUGCUGCUGUGUCGCCAGGCCCUAUCGGGUCUGCAGCGCUCCCUGCCCGCCAAGCAGCGCCGAGUGCAACAGGCGGAGCGGGACCUGCGGGCGCUGCAGGGGGCAUGAUGGGUGGGUCGCUGACCCGUGGGUCAUCACUAGUGACCCACGAUUGUAGCGCAGGCGGGCAAAGCAGGGGUCGUGAAGGGUAGGCGUAACAGUAACGGGGUUGCUUUAACGAAAGGCAACGGGGUUGUAUACUGCUGUACAUGUUAUAGGAUAUGCAAUGCUAUGUGGGGGUAGAGGACGUGCAAAAAAGAGGGAGGAAAAGAAGCGGGCCCAUGGAACGUAGGAGGAGUAGGCAUGGCACCGGUGGACGUGAGAAUGUGAGAGGAGGCCAGAAAUAAAGCAGACCCCGUGUAAACUAACCCUGUCGUGUUCUUGAUGUACAUGUACAUAAGCUUUCUGUUUGAUAUGCCGAAUGCCGUACAUACUGGCAGAUGCCAGCGGUGGAUCACUUUGGGUAAUCUAAUCUGCGUUGAUGACUCCUUCGGGAUAUCUGUGCUGCUGGGAGAUUAGAGGAUUGUAUUCAAGCCGAAAUGUAAGACGGUUCUAUCGAGGCUGCUUGUUGUGCAAUGCCGCACUUAGGUUAACUCACCAGCGCGCAGCAAGUAACGCUUAAUUUGAAAAACGGGCUGCCGCCAUAUGGGUUCGAGCCUGAGACCUGG